AAAACGGAAGAGGCCACUGCACGGAUCGUGUCUUUCCUUACGUCAGAGCAUAGUCGGCAUGUCUGGCUUUGUGUGCAUCAACCGGACAAUUUUAACAUCUUCAUACCGAAUUUCGCGGAGUCAGUGGGUUUUGGAUCCGCUCUGUACUACGCAAGUUACAUGGGCCUCGAGAGUGUGACAUCAAUGCGCAAGAUUGCUUUUCCCGAAAUGCGCUGAUAGAUGCGGCGCGGAAUGGCCAUGCGGAGGUAGUAAGUUUGCUUCUGGGCCACAGGGCCGACUUGACGACCGAUUACGAGAACAUGACCGCAUUACACUAUACUGGCUAUACCAAAAACUCUGAAGAAGUAGCAGACGCAAUUAUGACCGCUAAAAUUGCCGUUGACUUUCCCGUCGACAGGAAAGUUUGGAGGUCAACGUGGAUCCACGGACGACAAGCUUGGGAACCUAAAAGUGAUCCACACAUCCCUCAGUUGGCACUUUCAUCAAACCGAGGGCUUACUCCCUUGCAUUUUGCGGCUCUAUACGGUUCCGUGAAAAUGACAGAGUACUUCAUUAAGAGAGGAGCUGAUCCAAAUGCGAGAUCUCAUUAUGGGGAAACACCUCUACACUUUGCUCUGGGGAAAGCUCCUUCAGGACCAAAAGAGAAUGGUAACAAGGAUCACUGGAACGAUUCAAGAUAUCGGAUAGAAGAUUGGCUAGAUAAUUAUGACUAUACUUCAGAGGAUGAAACAGAGUAUGGCGAGACAAAAUCAGCGCUGGAAAGAAUGCGAUUACAAAUAGUCGAAGCGUUUCUGUUCCACGAAAACAUUGACCUAGAUGUAAAAUGCGAUCAAGGACUCGGAAUCUUGCAUUGUCUUUCUUACCAGCAAGAUGGAUUCCAGUCGACUGAUAUACUUCCGAGAAUAUUGAGCAAGGACGUGACAGGUGAUGCUCACGACUCCGAAGGCCAAACUGCAUUGCAUUUGGCCUGCCGCGCAAGCAACGCAAGGGCAGUGCAAUUGUUGAUCAACAAAGGAGCGGAUGUGAUGGCUAUCGACCAUCGAGGACUACAUUCCCUUCAUCAUGCUGCACAUAGCUCAGACUUGCUGACCUUGAAGACAAUUUUAAGAGACGUCAACGAUUCAGGCCGCACAUUGCCUGAUUUGCGGGACGCCCGUGGCUGGAACCCAUUGCAUCAUCUUCUCGCUGGGAACUAUAGGGAGUGGACUUGUCACGCUGAGGCUAUUGAUUUUCUCAUAGCCAACGGCAGUUCAGUCAAUCAGCUAAGCAACGAAGAAGAGUCGCCGCUAGCUGUGCAACUCAGUAGAUUCUUUGUGAAUGGACGGCGAAUAGCGCGCAUGGCGCGUCAUCUUUUCUCGGCGGGUGCUGACGCUUUCUAUCGCACUCCAGACGAAGGUCGGAACUAUGGACACCUGGCAGCAGCCAAGUUGAAUAAACUUGACAUUGAAGUCCUCGAGGCUCUUCAAGACCACGGGGUCCGCCUAGCCGACAAAGAUGAACGCGGCCGUACGAUACUGCACCAUUGCGCUCUAGCCGGUUCACUCGCGUCCAGCGAGGUGAUGAAAUUCCUGUGCGAGUCUGUGGGAUUGUCGCCGACUACGCGUGACGAAUCUGGCCAAUCACCUCUGGAUAUUGCUCAAAAGCUGAGUGAGAAAUCGCCGUACAGGACAUUUAGACCGGAGCGAUGGGACAUAACACUAAAAUUACUCACAUCAUAUCCUGGGGCCGCGCCACUUGACGAGUCCGAGCCGGAGUCAAACUUGGACGCGUCGAACCCACGGGAAAGGUGUGUGCAGGGAGACAUCGAUUCGCCAAGCUGAUCCAUUGGAGAUCUCCUGUGCCAUGAGCUCGUGAACAACGGUAUUGCGCACACGAUCAGAUGGAAAAAUGACACCAUGAGACCUGAAAAGAAGACCGAUUAGCUGUUUUUGGCCUUGUCUACGGUACACGAAUCGGUCAAAUCGAAAAGGGGCACUCCCACGACUAAUCUGACUUUUCUUGUUGUUCACCAAUCCGCUCUCAAGAUCCCCAAGAUCGAAGUACAGAAGGAUAUCAACUCGAUCUUUCCCAGGUAGUGACACUUCGAAAUUACCUAUGAAUUGGCAUUCAUGUUGUUUCAAUCAAAUCUGUAGCUUCUUGCAGAAAGAGUAUGUGUAUUUC